GCAGCGGGGUCUGGGGAUGCCGGCCAGGCUGGGGGAAGGCGCCCCGGACGCGGGGAGCGCGGGCUGCCCUUGUCCUCCGUGCGCCUUUGGCCGCAUCCGGGCCAGCCUGCGGGUGGACGCGGAACCAGGACUCUCAUCUUCGCUCCUGGACUCAGCUUUCACAAGGGCCUUCCGGGACUUUCGCAACUUUCCACACACGGAAACCACAACCUCACAAAGUCAGUCCACUCUCACUGAACCCAGGCACACCGCGCUCCUUGCUGCCGGGGAUACCCUGCUCAGCUGUGCUUCUAGGGCUCAGCCAAAUGCUUCCAAAUACACCAAUGAGCUGAAAAAGGUGAUCCAAAUGUGUGUGAUGAAGUGAACAAUUCCUUAUACAAAUUUAGAUGUUCAACAAUUAGUCCUGAGCCAUUUCCCUUCACCAAUUGUCCUUGGAAUUGGACAGAUGGCAGCUACCAUAAUGAUACUGUAUGUGUGUAAGCGAAAUAAAAUAAUUCACUUCCCUGAUUUUGACAAGAAAAUCCCUGUAAAGCUGUUUCCUCUGCCUCUCCUCUACGUUGGAAACCAUAUAAGUGGAUUAUCAAGCACAAGUAAAUUAAGCUUGCCGAUGUUCACUGUCCUCAGGAAAUUUACCAUUCCACUUACUUUGCUCCUGGAAAGCAUCAUACUCGGGAAGCAGUAUUCAGUGAGCAUCAUGGUCAGUGUCUUUGCCAUCGUUCUCGGGGCUUUCAUAGCAGCUGGUUCUGACCUUGCUUUUAACUUGGAAGGCUAUGUUUUUGUAUUCCUGAAUGAUGUCUUCACAGCAGCAAAUGGAGUUUAUACCAAACAGAAGAUGGACCCAAAGGAGCUAGGGAAAUAUGGAGUACUUUUCUACAAUGCCUGCUUCAUGAUUAUUCCAACUUUUAUUAUUAGUAUCUCUACUGGAGACCUGCAACAGGCUACUGAAUUCAACCAAUGGAAGAAUGUUCUGUUCAUCAUACAGUUUCUUCUUUCCUGUUUUUUGGGGUUUCUACUGAUGUACUCCACAGUCCUGUGCAGCUAUUACAAUUCGGCCCUGACGACAGCAGUGGUUGGAGCCAUUAAGAAUGUAUCCAUUGCCUACAUCGGCAUGUUAGUUGGUGGAGACUAUGUUUUCUCUGUGUUAAACUUUGUAGGGUUGAAUAUUUGCAUGGCUGGGGGAUUGAGAUAUUCCUUUUUAACUCUAAGCAGCCAGCUAAAACCAAAACAACCUGUGGAUGAAGAAAACAUUCCUUCAGAUUUGAAGAGCUAGAGGCUUGGGCAGAAUUGUGGACUGGCUUGAGACAGGGGACACAUGGUGGAGUGGUUCUCAGCAGGAACACAAAGCCAGAAGUUUCAGACUUGGCACAUCCACCCUCUGCGUAAAGCACAAACAGGAAUGUCUGCAGAAUUAACUACCUCACAGGCACUGCACAGUUGAGCCAUCACUGGUCCUGAGAAAUACAUCUGUGUAAAACCUCACAAGUGGGAAGUGACUCUUUUCAAAAUAAGCCACUGGGACUUGGUAGGUAGUGUGCUGAGUGCUCACCUACCCACUUGCGUGGCCCCUUGUCCCAGUAACAUGUACUGAAGAGGAGGUCAAUGUUUUAAUGGCAACUAUUUCCUUAUCAGCAUCUUGGCCUUAAUUUUGAAGGCCCUAGUCAAAGCUUGGUGCCAAGGAGAAACAAUUUAUUUCAGUUUAAACAGACAUGUCUUUAUCUUAAUAAAAUUAGCCAGUUAAUUGCCAAUAAAAUUAGUUGUUAGCUUUGA